AUGGAGAAAACAUUUUGUAAAAUCGAAAUAUAUCAUGAAACAACACUUGUAGCUACAUUUGAGGGAGAUAUACCAGCAGGUGUUUGGAAAAAAAUAGGUAUUCUACAAAAGUUAGAUAGUUUUGCACUCUUUGAUUUAGAGGAUGAUUAUACUAAAAAGAGAUUAGAAUCAAGAGAAUUACCAACAU